AUGCGGCUGGGCUCCGGGACCUUUGCCGCCUGCUGCGUAGCGAUCGAGGUGCUCGGGGUCGCGAUCUUCCUUCGGGGAUUCUUCCCGGUUCCUGUUCGUUCUUCUUCAAGGACAGAGCACCGAGCAGAACCCCCAGCGCCAGAACCCUCGACUGGAGCCAGUUCCAACUGGACUAAGCUCCCACCACCUCUCUUCAGUAAAGUUGUCGUUGUGCUGAUAGAUGCCUUGAGGGAUGAUUUUGUGUUUGGGUCAAAAGGUGUGAAAUUUAUGCCCUACACGACUUAUCUUGUGGAAAAAGGAGCAUCUCACAGUUUCGUGGCUGAAGCAAAGCCACCUACAGUUACUAUGCCUCGAAUUAAGGCGUUGAUGACAGGGAGCCUUCCUGGCUUUGGCGAUGUCGUCAGGAACCUCAAUUCUCCGGCGCUGCUGGAAGACAAUGUGAUAAGGCAGGCAAAGGCUGCCGGGAAGAGAAUAAUCUUCUAUGGAGAUGAAACAUGGGUUAAAUUAUUCCCAAAGCAUUUUGUGGAAUAUGAUGGAACGACCUCGUUUUUUGUGUCAGAUUAUACAGAGGUCGAUGACAACGUCACAAGGCAUCUGGAGAAGGUCCUGACGAGAGAAGACUGGGACGUGUUGAUCCUGCACUACCUGGGGCUGGACCACAUUGGCCACCUCUCGGGGCCGGACAGCCCCCUGAUUGGGCACAAGCUCCGUGAGAUGGACAGUGUCCUCAUGAAGAUCCACAUGGCGCUGCUCUCGAAGGAGCGGGAGGCUCUUCUCCCCGGUUUGCUGGUUCUCUGUGGGGAUCACGGCAUGUCUGAGAGCGGCAGUCACGGGGCCUCUUCCAUGGAGGAAGUGAACACGGCUCUGGUGCUGAUCAGCUCCGCAUUCGAGAGGAAACCUGGUGAUAUCAGACAUCCAAAGCACGUCCAACAGACCGAUCUGGCUGCGACACUGGCAAUAGGGCUGGGCUUGCCGAUUCCAAAAAACAGCGUGGGGCGUCUUUUAUUCCCGGUUGUGGAAGGAAAGCCAAUGCGAGAACAAUUAAGAUUUUUACAUUUAAAUACAGUGCAGCUUAGCAAAUUGUUGCAAGAGAAUGUGCCACUGUAUGAAAAAGAUCCUGGAUUUGAACAGUUUAAAAUGUCUGAAAAGUUGCAUGGGAAUUGGAUCAAACUCUACUUGGAGGAGAAUAGCUCAGAAGUCCUUUUGAACCUUGGCACGAAGGUCCUCAGGCAGUACCUGAACGCCCUGCAGACCCUGAGCCUGUCUCUGAGCAGACAGGUGGCGCAGUACGACAUCUACUCUAUGGCAGUGGGGACCACAUUGGUCCUGGAGGUCCUUGCCCUGCUCUUGCUCAGUGUCCCAAAGGCACUGGGCCCAGCGGCCGAGCUGGACAUGCCACUGUCAUCGCCACUGUUCUCCCUGCUCUUCUACCUGACGCUCCUGGUCCUCUCAGCCGUCCACGUCGUCGUGUGCACCUCGACUGAGAGCGCCUGCUACUUCUGCAGUGUGUCCUGGCUGGCUGCGGGGGGUGCGAUGCUGCUGAUGUCUGCGCUGCUGUGUGCACUUGUGUCCGCACUCCCGAAGACGGUGGUCGGUGUGAAGCAUGUGGGGAAGAGCCCUGCUCCUUCCAGCUCACGGUGGUCGGAGCUGGACCUCCUCAUCCUUCUGGGGACCACAGGCCACGUCCUGAGCCUGGGUGCGAGCAGCUUCAUUGAGGAGGAACACCAGACCUGGUACUUCCUCGUCAGCACCCUGUGUCUGGCCUUGUGUCAAGAAGUCUACAGAAACCACUUCCUCAGCAGUGACGGGGACCCGCGGGGUGGCCUGCACACGGAGCCAGGGCCUGAGGGGGCCACGCCAGUUGGAGCGAAGGGCUGUGCCCUGCUAGAGGACGACAGGACACGUGCGGCAGCCUCUGCCUUCAAGCGGCUGGGUGGCACGGACCAGCGGAUGGUGCUAGCCAGCCCCUGGGCCGUGCUGUGCUGCUGCCGGCUGCUUCGGGCCCUGAACCAGACGGGCGUGCAGGGGGCUCACCGGCCUGACCUCGGGCACUGGCUCACCAGCUCUGACCACAAGGCUGCACUCUCAGUCCUGGCUGCCCUGUCACUCCUUGCUGUCUUCCUGCUGGUCCAGAGGAGGUGCUCACCCAUGUCCAAGGUGGCCCUGGCGCUUGGGCUGCUGGGUGUCUACUGCUACCGGGCAGCCAUCGGGAAUGUGAUGUCACCAUGGCAACGAGGCAACAGUGACAUCUCAAAGGGCAUCGUCGAGGCGCGUUUUGUUUAUGUCUUUGUCCUUGGCAUCCUCUUCACGGGCACCAAAGACUUGCUCAGGUCUCAAGUUUCUGCUGCGGGCGUCCCAGCCAGGACUGUGGGCUUGUGGGAGAUACACAGUGGGCUGGUCCUGCUGGCGGCGUUGCUGCUCAGGCCGCACAACCUCCCAGUGCUGGUGUCCAGCCUCCUGGUCCAGACCCUGAUGGCCAAGUGUGUGUGGAAGCCCCUGAACCACGGCGUGGCAGAGGUCACAGUGAUGCACUACUGGUUCGGCCAGGCCUUCUUCUACUUCCAGGGGAACUCCAACAACAUCGCUACUGUGGACGUCUCGGCAGGCUUCGUGGGCCUGGAGCACUACGUGGAGGUUCCUGCCGCGUUCCUGACCACGUUUGCCACCUACGUGGGCCCCAUCCUGUGGGCCAGCCACCUGGUGAACUACCUGAGCUCAGAGUCAAGCAGCCAUUCAGCACUGCGUCGUGCUUGCUUCUGCUACGCGCUGAUAUGUUCCAUUCCAGUGUCCGUGUAUAUCAUUCUGGUGACGUCCCUGCGUUAUCAUUUAUUUAUAUGGAGUGUGUUUUCUCCAAAGCUUCUCUAUGAGGGAAUGCAUCUGUUCAUUACAGCUGCUCUUUGCAUAUUCUUCACAGCCAUGGAUCAAACCAAACUCACAAAACCUUAGACAACACUGUACAGACACUGGGAAAAUACUGUGUUUCAAAAGUCUGCGUUAACUUCACGAAUUUGAGUGAUGAAAAGUCUGUUUAAAUGCAAGAGCAAUUCUCAAAAAGAGAGAGAAUUCUAUAAAGUUGAUGAGUAGCUUCAAUUUCUUUGACUGCUGUAUCUGAAUUUAGACUAAAUAACAAGGGAUUUAAUAUGUUUUCUCUUUCUGAAAAAGGUCACUUUAAAUUAAUUGAGUCUGUAUCAUUACUAUUAAUAUUUCCCUUUGUGGCAGGCACUUCAGAAACUUCUGAAAUUUUAACUUCCUCUGGAUAAGUUUGGUAUGACCCAAAUACGUGCAUUUAUACCAACAAAUCAAGACUUUCCCGCCCCUAUCUCGUGCGUUAGGGUUUCCGAGAGCCCAGGAGCUCUGUGAGGGGAGCCCUCUCCAACCAGGAUUGGCAUCAUGGCACCCCUUCACAAUCUGAAAAUCAUUGCAGCCCCCAAGAGUUUUUGUUUAUUUGGGUUAUAUCAGUCAAUGUUUGUGGUAUUUGGAAUUAAAACUAAAAAAAUUCAAAAAUAUUUAUUUGUUAAAAAUAAUAAGCCCAUGGCAUGUUAAUAUAACAUAUUUUUAAGAAAAAUAACCGUAUUUUCCAAAACAAAGACACUUUCUGAGCAGAGUGGCAUUGUUGACGUUUUUGCAGAUCUCCUCAAUGUCUGGCUUAGUUGAAGACAGCGGAGCCUGCGGUGAGUCUGCUGUGAGGUGUUUUUGGUUGAAGUAUGAGAAAACCCAGCCUCAUACAGAGACGUACGUGGUUGGAAAAGGGAAGAGAUUUUUAACAUUCUUUUUCUGAUCGUUGUGGAUGUUCUUUCUCGGUGCGACACUAAAACCUGACAAGGCUUGGUUUCUUGAAGGUGGUUGUUGUUGUUAGGUGCCGUCCAGUCUGUUCCGACUCAUGGUGACCCCGUGGACAUAGCGACCCCGUGCACAGCAGAACGAAACACGGCCCAGUCCUGCGCCAUCCUCACAAUCGUUGUUAUGCUUGAGCCCAUUGUUGCAGCUACUCUGUCAAUCCAUCUCAUUGAGGGUCUUCUCUUUCACUGACCAUGUACUUUAUUUGAAGGUUAGUUGGAAAAGAAGAAUGUACAUAUUAAAACGGGACACCCGAGGUUUGUACCUGAGUGAAUAGAAUUGUACUAACAUCGAUUUCCUGGUUGUGACAAUGUAUCUGGUUGUGUCAGAGGUCAUCAUGGGGAAGGUGGGUGAAGGGUACAUGGAACUUGUUACGGAUCAAAUUUUGUCCCCCAAAAAUCUGUCAGCUUGGCUGGGCCAUGAUUCCCAGUAUUGUGUGAUUGUCCACCAUUUUGUCAUCUGAU